AUGACCACACUUCCUCCUGGAGUCACAAUCAGAACUUCAAGCAACAACGAAUACACGACCAACACCUGGAGCAGCAGCACAAACAGCGACGGUCAUCUCAUCUUCUUCCCAAUCAUCGUUGGAUGUCGAGACUGCACGAGCCUACUUACGAUCAUUGACGGCGUGGACUAUUUCUUCAACACUAUUUUCAAGUUCCCACCGAUCCCGUUCCCAAAGUUUCCAAAGAUCCCUAAGCUUCACUUUCCGUGCGUCUUCUUCUGCAAGAAGGGUCACAAGCACCACAAGGAUAAGCCUCCGGUCUACGACGAACCAAAUAAGGAAAACGAGGAGAAAGACCAGACAUCCACCACCUCGGCCACCAGCUCCAGCUCCAGCUCAACAUCCUCCUGCAAAGCUUCAAUGGUAUCGGCAUGCACGGUCUUCUCUACAGUAAAAGUUGAUGGUAGCUCGACUACCACGAUGACUUCUACAACAUGCUCGGCGGAGACAGAAUGCUCCGCUACUGGGCACUCUUCUACAACUGCCACUACGACUUCAGCGACUCCUACACAAACUGCAUACUUCAUUACAGCAAAGAGAGACGUCGGAAUGGAUAUCAUCAAUGAGUUCACUGCCAAGUUGAAAGUGGAAACCGAUCCAGACACGUUACAUGUUUCGGGCAACGAAAUUUUCACUGGGUCUUGGAUCCAGAAGUUGAAUGAUACGCAGAUUGAAUCUUACAAGCGUGAGCCAGCGGUUUUGAGCAUCCAUCCUCUUUCGGACCUCGAGAGAAAAGUCCGCUUUAGAAAACAUCGUAAAAUUUCAAGAAGAAAUUCAACUGCUAGCAGAGAGGCAUUGUUCAAGGGAGAUCUGAAGAAACGAGCUAAUACAGUUAUUCAGCAAGUUACUGAUGAUGACCCGUUGAAACUAGUCUCCCAGCCUCCUGGUGUUGACAGUAAUCUGAUUAGCACUUAUGCCCAUGACGUUGAGACUUUACCAGCCAGAGUAUAUGUCAUGGAUUCCGGGUUUGACGCAUCACAUCCAUUGUAUGACCAGCUCAAGCAAACUAUUGGUGAACCAGCAUGGAUCUGGCCAGGCUCCCCACAAGCAUCGACUUUUGCUGAGCCUUACAUAUAUGCCUCCUCAGGAACUUACACUGAUGCUGAUGAGUUUGACAGUCAUGGUACAGGUAUGAUCAGCAGAAUAGUCGGCCCGGAGCUUGGUGUCUCGAAGAAAGUAGCUCUUACGAUUAUUCGCCAGCCUCAAGCGAUCCCAAACCAACAAGAAAUGAUUGACUAUGGGCUCACUACUCCAGUGUUCGAUGAAUAUUUCAACCGCAUUUCUUGUCUCGAAGAGGGACUUAACCUCAUACUCGCUGACGUCCGACAGAAAGGCGUCCCAAAACAAUCGAUUUUGAACCUAUCUAAUGGGGUUGAGGUCGGGCUUGAUAAACUGCCUGUUCCAGGAGACGUAGUAUACUCAAUGUACGCAUCAAUGAAAGAGCUCGUUAACAUGAGAGUCACAAUUGUAGUUAGUGCUGGAAAUGAUGCUCUUGAUAUGAACGGCGUUUAUGAUGCCCGCCUCGUGAGCGAGUAUACUAAGUGGGCAACGGACUUUGACAUUAUUGUUGUGGGUGGAGCAUCAAUCAACGGCAAUGCAUGGUGGGAUAGCAAAUAUCAACCUGCUCAGGGUUUUCCAGGUUCGGGUGUCAGUGUCUGGGCUCCAGCGUACAAGAUGAGAUCAGCAUGCGCAGUUGCCUCUGGUUCCUUUGUGGUAGAGGAUGGAGCAACAUCUACCGCGGCUGCGAUGGUGUCUGGUCUUUUGGCAUAUUUUAUGGGUGUGCAGAAGCACUUCAACAAGAUGGAUGCACUUGCGAAGGCAAAUCCUACUGCUGCCUGGACACUGGUCACGCGAUCAUACGUUCAACAGUUGGCACGUCAGAGAGUCAUUGGCGUCGGAGCAAAUCUUCUAUACAAUGGAGAAAUUCCUCUAGAUAAAGCUGGUAAUCCGGUCUGCCAAGCACCAGCUUCCGCCAAGAGACAAACUGGAAGCAGUUGUGUUCGACCAGACACUCCAGAUCCUGAAGCAUCAUCUAGUCUCGCAUCAGUAUCCAACGCCAGUUUGGCCUCGGUAUCAUCAGCUAGCUUUGCAUCGGUAUCGAGCGCAAGCCUGGCCUCUGUAUCCCGCGCCAGUCUUGCUUCUCUAUCUAGUGCCAGUCUUGCUUCGGUCCGCUCUGCAUUGACUGCUUCCAAGACUUCCACAAGUGCAUUACCAGUUAGUACUGGUACUUUCUCCGGUUACCUUGGAUCGACCUGCCUCGAUGGUAAUGAUAUGGUCCUAGAAGGUGCCACAGAGGUUGUCGCUCUACUCUGCGGUCGCACGUAUACCUGGGACACCAAAGGACAGCCUCCACGCGAUGUAAAAGGUGCUUCUACACCGGCAGUAUGGGAUAGUUUUACCCGUGAUAGGAGAGUUUCAUCAGGUCAGAUCAGUCCUAAUGAAGAGAUUGGUUCUGCUUGUGCAGGUGGCACAUAUCCUCGUUCGUUGACUGCGGAUGAAUGCGAAAAGGCCUUUUCUCGGUUGUUCACUGAAUGUCCCACAGGAGGUCAACUGGGAUGGGCCACAGAGGAUCACAAUGGAUGCAUGAGCUUCAGCAUGUCCCAGAUUUCUCCUAAUUCGUCACCAAAGCCCACCUCCAUCACAACUCCACCCCCUGAGCCUACAAGCCCUCCACCUCCCCCAACGUCGAUCAACAAUGAAAAGUGCUUCAAGUCAGAUCAAUUUGAGGAUCAAUUGGCCAUCAGCUCAGGUCUGGCUGAAGCUGCGCUCAUGGAAUUCUGCAAGCGCUCAUAUACCUGGCAACAGUUCAACAAGCCUGCAGAAGGAGAGCCAGGCUCUGAUCCACAUGUGGUUAGAAUCACAUAUGGGGGACUUGCCCUUAUGGAAUUACGAGCCGUGGCUGCACCCUUCUUCGAAGGAAAAUCUGAUGAGGCAUGCAGAAUUAACAAGUACCCACGAACUUUGGAAACAGAUGUCUGCGCAUAUGCAUUUAGACAUCUGAAGGACUUUGCUUGUGAAUUUUUAAACCUCAUUUUGCACGUUUAACUAAUUAGAUUAGGCAAAUAUGGUGGCGAAAACAUUGCAACCUCAGGUGCAGGAUGUUUUGUUCUGGGGAUGAAGCAAACACAAAAUUUCAUCUAGUGGCUGAGCGUUGGGAUGGGAAACGAUGGGUACACACUCUGAGUUGGGCCGCAUGGAGAGUUUAACUUUGCAUUGAACUUAUAAUAUUCACAUGAUACUUUAGAUAGCGUUCUCUUCUGCAGUAAAU